AUGCUUUUCACGGAGCGCAGGACUCGCUCGAGCGUCCUUUUUCUGGUGUGGUCUCAGCUUCUUUUCACUCCUUUAGCCGCCGUCAUCAAGCCCCUGGAACUGGGAUUUACCUGGGACUACAAUAAACCAGACGAGUCCCCUCCCGUCACUGUCACUCAACAAUGCGAGACCAUUCACAUUAAGAUGGAUAGAGGACCGCAGUUCGCAUCAAGGCCCAACCCAGUCUCGCCGUACAUGCUUCACGUGUUCGCCUCAGGUUAUACUGUACCAUUCAGGAUUCCGCUUGGAAACGGUCCUAGCUUCGAUUGGGUGGUUCCGUUCGCCCCUGGGACCAUAUAUCAAGGCUGCUUGUUCGACAAGAAUGGUUUAUCGGGUGGCUGUCAGGACAAGUACACCGUCAUCCGCAACUUCACCAACCCCAAUCCCACUUGCCAAAAUGUCACCUUGCCGCCGGAAUUAGGCGUAGAAGCCCUAGACCAGAAGGGUGACCCCUUGUCAAAUCACGGCUUCAUUGACCAGUGCUCUGACGUAACUGUGCGGCCAUUGUCAGCGAACGGAACAGGACCAUAUACGUUCUUUGUAGCGGCAUCUUUGCGCCCUCCAUUCCAGCUUGUGACAGAUACGUUGGAUCCCUUUACUUGGACAGUUGAUUUGCCAUGGGCUUUACCCUUCUGGAUCUCCCUAGUUGACGGCGGCAAGGACAGCGACAAUAGCAGGUUUAUGUGGGCCAUUGGCCCUCAGCAUGGUGGCGGUCCCGGGACGAACGGCUGCCUUGCCCCUGAUAGAAUCCCUCCUCAAAAGGCCCGGUCAACGGCUGUUGGCGCUGGCGUUGGCGCCCUUUUCGGAGGUUUACUUCUUGGGAUAUUGGGCGCGUUUCUAUUUUGGCGUUCCCGAUUGCGAGAUCUUGAGUCAAUGAAUCCCCCGAAGAAAUCAGAGCUCACUCCGUCGCCUUUACCGUGGACUCAGUUCCCUCCCUUGCCGCCAGCAGAGGAUCCUGAUUCCAAAUGGCGUACACAAGGGCGGUUGGCGCCCCUCCCUCAGAUCCACAAUUCAGCACCGCAGAGCGACACGGACGUUGACUCCGGCCCCAUCAUCGAGGUACAGCGCAAUCGCACAUUUGUACGCCAUCAAGAUGGUGGAUUGAUCAUUGCCAAUCAAUCCAGCCCACUGUCCCUUGGCAGGACCGAAAUUGUGGACCUCCCUCCAGAGUACAUGGAACGCGGCGGCUCUUCAUCGAUGGCAGGACGCAACUCUACAUCCCCUAGGCCACCCAGUAAAUCGUGA